GUAUCAGUGCUCCGGCUAGUGACGUCUCUGACACGGAAACAGCUUGUUGUCGCCCUGGGCAGAAGCUGGUAAACAGUAACCGGAGAUGGAGGGCCUCUGUGUUGUUCUUCUAGUGUGUUUGUUCAAGCUGGCAUAGUUGGAGACUGUACCUGAACCCUCUCCCUGUCCAGUUGCUGUUCCAAGGCCUCCACCAACACCACCUUCUUCCUCAUCCACUUCCUCCUUCCAGCUGCCCCUGUGAUGCCUCCCUCGUGUUGUGGUUGCCUGUCACAGUACACCCAUCACCAUCUGGUUGUCUUCCUCCUCACCUUCUUUAGCUAUGUGUUGCUGCAUGCCUCCAGGAAGACCUUCAGCAAUGUGAAAGUGAGCAUCUCAGCUCAGUGGACGCCGUCUGUCCAGAAUGACAGCUUCCCUGCGUUCUCCCCCGGAGAGACUUGGGAGAAAAAUCAUCUGUUUGCAGAUGAAAAGCAGGCCACUCUGUUCCUGGGAACACUGGACUCCAUCUUCCUCUUCUCGUAUGCUGUGGGUCUGUAUUUGAGCGGCGUGGCUGGGGACAGAGUGAACCUGCGUUAUGUGCUCUGCUUCGGACUGUGGGGCUCUGCUGCAGUGGAGUUUGUAUUUGGCACUCUGACUGAAUGGCUCCACAUGUACAACAAGAUUCUGUACUGCAGCCUGUGGGCGCUGAACGGCCUGCUGCAGUCUGCAGUCUGGCCAUGUGUCGUGGCAGUCAUGGGCAACUGGUUUGGCCAAACAGGGCGUGGCUUUGUGUUUGGCUUGUGGAGCGCUUGUGCCUCUGUAGGCAACAUUCUGGGGGCAUUUCUGGCUUAUCGUUAUGGAUAUGAGUAUGCCUUCCUGGUGACCUCUGUGGUCCAGUUUGCUGGCGGGGUGGUGGUGUUCUUUGGCCUGCUUACCUCUCCAAAAGAAGUUGGUUUGAGUUUGGAGUCAGAGACCAGGCUCAGCCCAGUAGAGACAGAUGCAGACAGCCACAGACCUCUGAUGAGCGACGAGGAGGACGAGGUGGAGGUGGAUGUGUAUGCCAAGCGAAACCAGUCGGUUCAGCCGCAGGAUGAACCUCUGGCUGAGUCUCCUCAAGCUAUUGGCUUCUUCCAGGCUGUCUGCCUCCCUGGAGUGAUACCUUAUUCCCUGGCGUAUGCAUGUCUGAAGCUGGUCAACUAUUCCUUCUUCUUUUGGCUUCCGUUUUACCUAAGCAAGGAGGCUAAGGCCGACCGCCUGUCUGUGUGGUAUGAUGUCGGUGGAAUCGUCGGGGGAACAGUGCAGGGUCUGAUCUCUGACUUCAUGGGGAAGAGAGCCCCGGUGUUGGCAUUCAGUCUGGCAGUGGCAAUGGGAUCCCUGGUGGGAUACAGCCGCUCACCUAAUAACCAGCUGAUAAAUGCCGUGCUGAUGGCUACCACUGGCUUCUUCAUUGGUGGACCAUCCAACAUGAUCAGUUCUGCCAUAUCUGCAGACCUGGGGAGACAGGAGGUUCUGAGGGGCAGUCAAGAGGCUCUGGCCACUGUCACGGGUAUAGUGGAUGGAACUGGAAGUAUAGGAGCUGCUGUAGGACAGUACCUGGUGUCCUGGAUUGAGAGCAGGCUGGGCUGGAUGUGUGUGUUCUAUUUCUUCAUUGUCAUGACAGGGUGCAGCAUUCUGUUCAUUACUCCCUUGCUCUUCAGAGAGCUACGUGCAAUGUGGCGAGAGAGACGAGCGCUUCGACAGCAGCUGUGAACAUCUGCUGACUGUAAUAUUUCUCUCCUAUCAGCAGCUCAGAUGCAGCUCUGCAGUAUUUCCCCCAGAAUUGAUUUACUUGUGGCGGUAGCUGAUGGGGGGGACGACACAGGCUUUCAUAAUUUUUUUAAAUUAAUUUAUUAGAUACAGGGCGUAGUUUUGCAUAUGGACAUUAAGGACAUGUUCUUGCUAAUAUUUUGAGAGGAAAUGUCACUACUAACAUUUGAGCAAACCCGUGCGCAUUAUCUUUGGAGUGAAAGGCAUAUUAGAUCAUUAUGAUGUGCUUGACCUACUGAAAGGGAGGGGGUUAUCUAAACCUCACGUUACAUGCACAUCAUAUUUGCUCCCGGACACGGAGGAUGCAAAAUAGCUGUUGGUCAGUGGGCCGACAGUGGUAUGUUAUAGGGGCUGACUUCAGUAAUGUUGGAAGGAUAUUCACAGGUUCAGAGUUUCUGGAUCAAUAGCGGAAUGUUGCUAAAAUACAAAUGGCACCUAUUUUGUUUCAUAGUAAUGUAGACAAAAAGCUACAAGCUCAUUUUUAUCAAAAUGAGCCGUCCUCUGCUCCAGACAAAUUACAUUGGUCUCAGCAUACAGCCGGCUGUGCACGGACCAUCUACCGAGUGCAACGCUGACAAGAGAGUGGCCUACUACAAAAAUAUUCAAUAACUUUACUCUUACCCAGUGUAGUGGUACAAACAUUACUUCACACAUCAAUGACCAUCUGCUGGUCAGAAUGUACUAAUGUAUAUAUUUAUGGGUUUUAAAUUGAUGUAAAUAUUAAACUUUUUAAAUGUACGCACAUAUACUUGGGUCAAGUUGAAUAAAUUUGGCCUUUAAACCAGGCGAUUUGGGGAUCAGAAUCGCCUAAAGAAUAUACUGUCAUUUUUCAUAGACCUAUAUUUGUUCUUUUUGAUUGAGAUCAUGAAUAUUGUUCUCUAGGAUUCUUACAGUAAUUAGAAUUUAGUAAACCACUUAGAUCUUAGCUGGGUUUGGGGAUAUCUUUUUUUUUUUUUUUUUUUUCUCACAGCCACUUGAUUCUUGUUGUGUAAUCAGGGUUGUACUGUACAGUUUCCACAUUAGAGGGACUGGCCCUGUCCAUUCUGGAUUAUAUAUGUUCCUUAUUCCUUUUAUGCUUCCUGUUCACUGUAAUGUUUAAAUUGUACACACACACACUGACAGAAACACAGUUUGAGAGAUCGCAUACUCAAAAUCUAACAUGCCUGAGGGAAAACUGACAUUGCAGAAAACUUAACAUUUUUGCUUGUUUGUAGCAGAAGUUGCAUAUUUUCUGUUUGUUAGGGAGCUUCACUGUUUGAACGUCCAGUGAAGGUAAAAUAUUGGUCUUUUUAUGUCAUAUUUGCCGAUACUGACAGGGUGGGAAAAUUAAGUUUCAAUCAGCUGUUUGUUGUAAAUGUUUAAUCAGUUUGUUAACUUUGUGGUCAAUAACCAGCCGUCAUUUAAAGGAAUUCAGUUUGUUUCGUUUAAAAAUAAGGAAUGAUUAUUUUUCCAGCCAUUGUGACACCUACAAAAGCUAUUUUGCAGCCUUGCACGUAGAAACACGAGUCAUGUUAAGUGCUAAACAUUAAGGACGAGCGAUAUCGGGGCAGCUUUCAGUUAGACAGGUUCCUUGUACUACACUUGGGGCAGUGGAACAUAAAAUGAGAGCUACACCUCCAAUAUCUCUGAACCUACUAAGCUAAUGUAUUAGAAUGUUAACUGAAAUGUUUCUUUGGUGUAUUUUUUGUUUUAUUUUUAUAUUUCAAGGUUGAACCAAUGUAACUGCAAAUUUUGUUUUGAAUAAAUGCACAUUUCAGUUACA